UGUACAAGACUUUCGUGACGUAAAAGUUUCAGAAGGAGCAAGCCCCCUAGCGCGUUAYACUUUCGCUUUCGCUUUAGUCUUCAAAGUGUGAUCAAAGAAUGGAUUCUUCUCAAGGACAAUCCAAUUAUAAUCAAGAAGAAAAGAUAGAAUGUCGAAGGAGACUUAUUGAACAAGCCGUAAAAUCCCUCACAAAAACAACAGAAAGAAAAACCUCGACUUGUGUUAAUCGCGAUCAUGUUCGAAAAGCGUGGGAAGAAUUUCACGGAAGUGGGGCAUCAUCUUCCUUCAACGAACAAGAAGUUACUGAGAUCGAAAACGAAAUCAAAGACUGGGAAGCUUUCCACAAAAGUAACUUUCAAGAAAAGAAACCUUCAGACCUUSAUGUGUGUUAUCUAGCAGGAGACAACCCCUUAAAUGACUUCAAUGUUUUUGUUGAGAAUGGCGUCCUUCCUCAGAAUAUGUGGGCGAUCGAGAAAGAUGCUAAUGUAUUAAAAAAAGCCUUGGAGAAUAUCAAUCAAUCCCAGAAAAUGCCAAAGGUUUUCAAAGGAAAUUUACUUGACUUUCUACGUGAUUUUGAACAAAAGUUUGAUAUCAUAUACUUCGAUGCUUGUGGUACACUGCCAUCUGAAAAACAGGAAACAUUGAAGGUCAUCGGCUAUGUCUUUCUCUACAACAAGCUAACAUCACCAGGUGCUUUGAUCACGACCUUUUCGUUCCCUCCCAAGCAGACUGAAGGAGCUGCUCACGACCCCGAAAGGGAACAUUUAAGGGAAUUAUCAAUAGAAUAUUUGAAGCACAGGCUUGUAAACACCUCCGUUGCACAUAAGAUUCCUCAUCAAAAUGAAGAGUUACUUAAAGGGAGAACUGACGAGGAAAAUUACAGCGAGUAUAUUUUUUAUCAAAUUCUUGACACAGCUUACAUGUAUAUUCCCGCUCACAGAAUGCUUAACUCUAAGAAGAAUUCCUUAUUGGAACAAAGUUUUGUGAAGAAAAGGGACUUAUUUAAAGCUAUAGAGGAAUUAUUACCGACAGUUAUGGAUAAAGAUCUAGAGUCAGCUAAACAUGCACUAUUGAUAGAUUUGAGGGGAAAAUCUAAGUCAAUUCUAAAGCUUUUAGAAGAUUUAGAUAAACUGAAUGAAAAGCUACAAGACAAGCAAAGAGACAUCAGACUACUAGGAGAGCUGAAUGGGAUACAGACUCUCUAUCAUUUAUUAAUGAAGGCAUUUGCAACUAGAGAAGCAAGGCUUGAAGAAAUAUUGCUGCAAGCUAUUAGAGAAGUGAAAAGUAUGUUGAUACAACUACAAAAAGAAAAAGACCAGUUAAACCGAUUAGUGAAAAAAAGGACAUCAACAUUAGAGCAGAUAGACCAACUGAAUCAAGAGAAGCAUGAAAUCGUCCAAGACUUAUCAGUCCAUGAAGCUCAACCUCCAAGAUACUUAGGAAAACUAGGACACAGUCUACAUGUACAAUCAUCCAGUAAUCCUUUCUGCAAAACAUGGGCUAAGGAAGUAUUCCCAGACUGCGGGGGGGAUUUAAAGAAGAUUUUGUUGUUGUUGAUGAUCCAUCUCUUGACAAAUUGGAUUGCUUUAAUAGACAAGUGUUCCAAUGAAGAUUUUAAAAACUGUCUGGGACCACUCAUACAAUCUCUUGGUGAAGAUGGAGAAGAUAGCACAUCUCGUCAAUUUCUUGAUGUGUCAAACAAAGAUGUUACUACACAAAUGAUAGCUUCACUACUUUAUGGUCAAAUGGCACAUCCAUCAUUUCCUGUAUUAGAAAAGCUUUUAAGAUUAGCGUACACUGCCAAAAAGAGACAAAUGUUUUCAAAUCUCUUUAUCUUUGACAAUUGUCGCUAUGUCUAUGGUUAUUUUCCUACUGUGCACACCUCUACUAAUGUCACUUCACCACACAAGCAAAUGGUGUUCAAAAUGGCUGUGGAUGGCUUGCGAAAACACCUUAAAAACAUUUGUGACGAAGACGUCUUUAAGUUUUGCGAGGUAGUGCAAAUGCAAGGAAGGGUUCCAUUGAUUCCAGAGAUUGAAAAAAUAUCUUUCAGGGAUGAUGAUGUUCUGCAUGACAGGGAUGUUGAUGAACUACAUGACAGGGAUGAUGAUGUUCUGCAUGACAGGGAUGUUGAUGAACUACAUGAGAGCGACAAUGAUGACCUGCAUGAUAGCAAUGAUGAUGACCUGCAUGACAGCGACAUAUUGGCCGUGUAAUAUUCUGUUUAUUAUAUUAUAUUACACUCGACAAAAUUACUGGAUUCUGUUUGGACAAGAGGAGUACAAUGAAAUCCCAAAUUGUACUCUGUAGAGUACCAAUUAARUUGCUCAAUUUUGGUGAGUGUAUGAUAAACAAUAAAUUACACAUUCUUCUCAUUCAAUAGACCCUUUUCGAAUUCCAAAUCUCCGCUGUG